CCGUCUUCUUCAGUCCCUUGGAAAGUUUGAGGUUUUUGAGGUUUCGAGGAUUUUGCAGAGCGAAGCAGUCGAAUCAAAAAUGGUUCUAACUAGGUCUACAUUUCUAGGCUCCAUCUUCAGAACCAUUAAAGCACGAGUUUUGAUCUCACCCAAAGCUAGUCUCUCUCUCCCAAACCCUAAUUCCACUUCGUCUCGCUUCUACACUUGCUCUUCUCCUCGAAUCGAAGGUUCUGUUUUAAGAAGUUUUCUUCCGCAAGAACUGAGCAUUCAUCGAAGAUUUUGUGGUGUCAUUGCUUCAACUAGUCAAGUGUUGUUAGGUCGGUCAUCAUCUGUUUCUAUGUAUAUACAAUACUCAACUUCAAUCCCAACACGUUCACUUAGAAGGAGAAUCAGCAAUAGAAAGAAGUCGAGUAUGAAACCGGUCCUUAACGAAUCAAAGUUUCAAGAAACGGUUUCGAAGCUUCCACCAAGAUUCACCCCUGAAGAGCUAACCGAUGCUAUCACUCUUGAAGAAGACCCGUUUCUGUGUUUCCAUCUCUUUAACUGGGCAUCGCAGCAGCCAAGAUUCAAGCAUGAGAAUUGCUCUUACCACAUCGCCAUUAGGAAGCUCGGAGCUGCGAAAAUGUACAAAGAGAUGGAUGAUAUUGUGAACCAGGUACUCUCGGUUCGUCAUAUUGGCAACGAGAAUCUAUACAAUUCGAUCAUCUUCUAUUUCACGAAAGCCGGGAAGUUGAUCCGGGCGGUGAAUAUAUUCAGACACAUGGUGACUAGCAAGAACUUGGAAUGUAGACCAACGAUUAGAACGUAUCAUAUUCUCUUCAAAGCCUUGUUGGGUCGAGGUAACAAUUCUUACACAAGUCACAUGUACAUGGAGACGGUGAGAUCUUUGUUUCGACAAAUGGUGGAUAGCGGGAUUGAACCAGACGUAUUCGCUUUGAACUGUUUGGUUAAAGGUUACGUGCUUUCGCUUCACGUCAAUGAUGCUCUUAGGAUAUUUCACCAGAUGAGUGUGGUUUACAGUUGCCAGCCGAACUCGUUUACUUAUGAUUAUCUAAUACAUGGGUUAUGUGCGCAAGGUAGGACCAUUAAUGCUAGAGAACUGUUUAAUGAGAUGAAAGGAAAAGGUUUUGUUCCAAAUGGCAAGUCUUAUAACUCUCUGGUUAGUGCUCUUGCGCUUAGCGGUGAGAUCGAUGAUGCUGUGAAUUGUUUGUGGGAGAUGAUUGAGAAUGGUCGUUUGGUUGAUUUUAUCACGUAUAGAACACUUGUUGAUGAGAGUUGUAGGAAUGGGAAGUAUAAUGAAGCGACAGGACUGUUGGAGAUGUUGCGGGAUAAAAAGCUUGUGGAUAGAGAUUCGUAUGAGAAGCUUGUGACAGUUCUUCACAAGGAUAUGUAGAAGCUGUACAAAAUGGUGUUUUUAGUUUGUCUCUUUGUUGUAAACUUGUUAUCUCGGUGUCGAGCAUUUUGUCCUCUAUGAAUACGCAUUUAUUAUAGAUUUUCUUUUA